GAGCGUCGUCUCGGGAUUACCUCUCUCCUCUCCCUCGCCCUACACUCUGGUCCUCCGUGCGAGCGCUGUCAGCCCCGGGAGAGAUGAGGCGGAAGGAGAAGAGAUUACUGCAGUUCGCCGGGCUGCUCAUUGCCGCGCUGCUUUUCUUCCCAAAUGUCGGACUAUGGGCUUUGUACAGGGACCGAGUUUUGGACCACUCUCCGGAGAACGCGGCGGACGGAGCGGACGCGUUCAGCCCGAUACAGGUGAGCGAACCUCGGGGGUAUGCAAUGAGGAGGAUUGUUGAAGUGGGAGCAGACGGCGUGCGAAGGAUCGACUGGCAUGACUACGAGGCCAUGAAGAAAGACGCUUCACGAUCUGGUAAUGGUGAGCAGGGGAAGGCGUUUCCUCUGAGUGACGCAGACAGAGUGGACCAGGCCUACAGAGAAAACGGAUUCAACAUCUACAUCAGUGACCGCAUCUCACUAAACAGGUCCCUGCCAGACAUCAGGCACCACAAUUGUAAACAGAAGCUGUACUCGGAGAAGCUGCCCAACACCAGUGUGAUCAUCCCGUUCCAUAACGAAGGCUGGUCGUCUUUGCUCCGAACAGUUCACAGUGUCCUGAACCGCUCCCCCCCAUCUCUCAUCCAUGAACUCAUCCUGGUCGACGACUUCAGUGACAAAGAACACCUGAAGGGGGCGCUGGAGGAGUACAUGGUGCGUUUCCCUAAAGUGCGUAUCCUGAGGACAAAGAAAAGAGAGGGUCUGAUCCGGACUCGACUACUCGGAGCCGCCGCAGCAAAAGGAGAAGUCAUCACCUUUCUGGACUCCCACUGUGAGGCCAAUGUCAACUGGCUCCCCCCACUGCUCGACCGGAUCGUUCAGAACAAGAAGACCAUCGUGUGUCCCAUGAUCGAUGUCAUUGACCACGACAACUUUGGCUAUGACAUGCAGGCAGGGGGCGCUAUGAGGGGAGCGUUUGACUGGGAGAUGUACUACAAACGCAUCCCCAUCCCAUCAGAGCUACAGCAGGAUGACCCCAGUGAGCCUUUUGAGUCUCCGGUGAUGGCUGGAGGGCUGUUUGCUGUGGACAGGAAGUGGUUCUGGGAGCUGGGAGGAUACGACACCGGUCUGGAGAUCUGGGGAGGAGAGCAGUACGAGAUCUCAUUCAAGGUUUGGAUGUGCGGAGGCCGAAUGGAGGACAUCCCCUGUUCUAGAGUGGGGCACAUCUACAGGAAGUACGUCCCAUAUAAGGUCCCAGGAGGAAUCAGCCUCGCCAAGAACCUGAAGCGUGUAGCUGAGGUGUGGAUGGACGAGUACGCUGAAUUUGUUUACCAGCGUCGCCCUGAGUACAGACACCUGUCGGCCGGAGACAUGACGGCACAGAAGGAGCUCAGAGCCAAACUCAACUGUAAAAGUUUCAAAUGGUUCAUGAAGGAAGUGGCCUGGGACCUGCCCAAGCACUACCCCCCAGUGGAGCCCCCUGCUGCCGCCUGGGGAGAGAUCCGUAAUGUGGGCAGUGGGAUGUGUAUGCAGAUCAAGCACUUUGUCUCUGGGAGCCCCAUUCGUCUGGACACGUGUGUGAAGAGCAGAGGGGAGGUCAGCUGGAGCCACGGACAGGUGCUGACUCUGGGCUGGAGGGAGGACAUCCGUGUUGGAGACCCUCUACACACCCGUAAAGUCUGUUUUGACGCCGUGUCCCACAACAGCCCCGUCACUCUGUACGACUGCCACGGUAUGAAGGGCAACCAGCUCUGGAGAUACAGAAAGGACCAUAGCCUGUACCACCCGGUCAGUAACAGCUGCAUUGACAGCAGUCCCACAGAGAGGCGAGUCUUCAUGAACACAUGUGACCCCUCCUCUCAGAGCCAGCAGUGGAUCUUUGAACGGACCAAUUCCACCGUCCUGGACCACUUCAACAGAGGGGACCCUCACUGAGCACCGGACACAAGCCAAGAUGUCUUCCACCAAACACAGGCAGCUAACAGCUAGCUCAAACUACUGGGUAAGACUGGGUGAAAUUGCUACAAAUAAUAUGCUUUGAAUUUUACUUUCCUUGAAAUGAUUUUAAAUAGUUUGGCCGUAUUCAAAAGUGAGGAAGAUAAGAGUGACUACAGCAGAGGAGCAGCUUGGAAUUAUUUAGAUAACACAAGAGAUAGUGAAGAGGUGAGAGAGUGAAUACAAUAGUUAAAGAGGA